AUGGAGGGGUUGGCACUUAUCCUGCUCUACCUCGCUAUCCCCAGCCUGCUCUUCUCCGCCGUGCAGCAGAUCACAUCAUGGCGCAAGAAGAAGUUCACCCCCAAGGCCAAGUUCCCGGGGCCGAGGCAGUUCCCCAUCGUGGGCCGUGUCCAUGACCUGCCGCGGUUCUCCAUGUGGUUGAAGUUCAAGGAGUGGGCGGACAUUUACGGGCCGAUUUACCAGACUUCCAUGGGCGGCCAGACCUUUGUCAUCAUCUCCGAUGAGAAGGUUGCCGAGGAGCUCCUUGUCAAGCGUGGCCACAUCUACUCUGGCCGGCCGCAGAUCCGCUCCUUGAUCAAACACAAAGACGGACCAGCCUAUGUGGCCUUGAUGGACCGCCAUGCGUACUUACACAGCAUCGCAGACACCUGGUCCAAGCAACGGAAAUGGGUCCACGCGGCCAUGGCAGAAUCGCACCGCCAGCACUUCUACGGGCACAUCGAGAAGGAGACCCGCCGCUACCUGGCCAUGCUCCUGCUCGACCCGCAGCGCUUCCUCUGCAGCACCCGCGAGCACUGCGGCCGCAUCAUGAGCCGCCUCGCCUGGGACGACGCGACCCAGGGCCCCACCAACGGCAACAGCGCCGACACGACGCUGCACUGCAUGUCCGUCUCGGGCCCCAUCACCAACACCAUGACGCCGCUCUGGCACCUGCCCUUCUUCGUCAACCCGUGGAAGCAGUUCGAGAUCAAGCGCGAGGCCGGCCAGCGCGCCUGGUGGCUCGGCAACUACCGCCUCGCCAAGCAGCGCAUGCUGCGGGGCGAGCUGCCCGACGACACGUGGGCGUACCGGUACUUUGCGCAGCUGCAGAGGGAAGGCAACCCGCAGCUCGAGCAGGAGCUGGACCAGGAGGUGUUUGCGAGCUGCAUGAUCGGCUUCUUCAACCUCGUCGGCGUCGUGACCAUCUCGGGCCCGCUCAAGUUCUUCCUCAUGGCCAUGGCGCUGCACCCGCAGUGGCAGAAGAAGGCGCAGGAGGAGAUCGACCGGGUCUGCGGCGACCGCAUGCCGACCUGCGACGAUAUGCCGAACCUCCCCACUGUCAGGGCAUGUCUUAAGGAGACCGUUCGCUGGCGAUCUGGUGUCCCUCUGGGUGUCCCGCAUCAGGCUGAGCGCGACGACGAGUUCCGGGGCGUAGAGAUCAAGAAGGACACCAUCAUCCUCGCCUGCGAAUGGUCCAUCAACCGCGUCGAAUCCAAGUACCCCGACCCGGAGAACUACCACCCGGAGCGCUACCUCGAGCCCGGCUGGCCCACCUACCAGGAGCCGCUGUCCAAGUACCCCAGCUUCCGCGAGGGCGCCUCGAUGCACAGCUUCGGCUGGGGCCGCCGGACCUGCCUCGGCAAGGACAUCGCCGACGACGAGCUUUUCGUCUCGGGCGCCAGCGUCCUGUGGGCGUUCGACAUGGGGCCCAAGGUGUGCCCGUCGACCGGCAAGGAGGUGCCCAUCGACACGCAGGCGACCAACUCGCACGUCAUCCUGGAGCCGAGCCCGUACCACAUGACCUUUAAGCCGAGGAGCGAAGCGAGGACAAAGAAUAUUUUGGAAGGUUAUGCAUCAGUGCAGUCAGAGCUUAGAGUGUGA